AAUACUACUCUUUUCGCUAAUUCGUUGCUAGUGUCCAAGGCAAUUGUAACGGCAUGGUCUAGGGCCAAUCCAGGCAGGCAGAAGAAGGCAGUUUAUUUCUUGCCACGAGUGAGCCUAAACAACAAUUCAACCCAAAUUUCCGCGAACGCAAUUUAGGUUACCGAGGAGGAGAUCCAGACCAGAGCACCAAAUCCCGCUAAUAAUUUCCGCACGAAAUUUUGAACCCCCACCCGCCGAAUCUCCCCAUCCCGCCCUUUGACCCUAUUUCCCCCCCAAAUUCUCACUCCAGAUCUCUCGCCCCAAACCCCCCCACUCAUCGAUCCCUAGGGUUUUACUCGCCCUUCUCUCUCGCUCCACGCAUACGUACACGCACCUGUAUCUACACUCCCCGUUCUUGAAGCUCCGUUCCCGAUGGCGUCCGAAACCCUAGACGAGAAGAAACAAGAGGACGUGGUCGAAGCGAAAGACGAAGAAGUGAAGGAGGAGGAGAGGAAAGAGGAGGAAGAGAGGGAAGCGGGAGGGGACGCGGAAGCGGCGGGGAAGGAGGAGGAGGAAGGCGAGGAGAAAGACGGAGGGAGUAAAGGGGAAGCGGAGGAGGAGAGCAAGAAGGGGAAGAGAAGCCGGAAGGGGAGCGCCGCGGCGAGGAAGAGAGGUUCGAAGGAGGAGAAGAAGAAGAGGGGCGAGCCGGCCAGCGAGAGGCCGACGAGGGAGAGGAAGACGGUGGAACGGUACUCGGAGCCGUCGCCCGGGAGGAGUGUGAUCAAGGGAUUCACGAUUGCAAAGGGUCGAGGCACGCAACUCAAGGAUAUUCCGAAUGUUGCUUUCAAACUGUCGAAGAGAAAACCUGAUGACAACCUGCAGAUACUUCACACUAUUCUUUAUGGAAAGAAAUCGAAGGCACACAGUCUGAAGAAGAAUAUAGGGCAGUUUUCUGGUUAUGUGUGGGUUGAAAAUGAGGAAAAACAGAGGGCUAAAAUUAAGGAGAAGCUUGACAAAUGUGUUAAGGAGAAAUUGGUGGAUUUCUGUUAUGUCUUUGAUAUUCAAGUUCAUAAUAAGGCUGCUGUGAGGAAGGAAGAACUUUCAGCGAAGCUGUUGGAAUUUUUGGAAUCUCCACAUCCUACGACGGAUACUUUGCUUUCUGACAAGGAACAGAAAGUCAGAAAGCGAAAGGGGAAGGCUACCGCAAGUUCUGGAGAGGCAUCUGAAGAAGUUCCAGCAAAGAAGCAGAAGAAAACCACUCAAGCUGGUGAGAAGCGCAAACGGACUUCGAAAACUGAGGAAGAUGAAGUUGAUGAUAAAGUUGAGGCUUCAGACGCAAAAAGUGAAUCUCAAGAUGAAGAUGAGGAGGAGGAGGAUGACUCAGUUCUGAAGGAAGAGAGUGAUCAGGUGGGGAGCAAGUCUGAAGAAGAAGAUGCAGAUGCAGAUGCAGAUGAGCCAAUGGAGCAGGCGCCAGUUGAAAAAAAAUCCUCCAAAAAGAACAUGAAGGAUUCUGGUUCCAAAGCUAGUGAGAAAUCUAAAUCUGUCGCAAAGGUUACCCCUGCAAAAUCUGUAAAAACCCCUAAAAAAUCACCCAAGAAAUCAUCGGUCUCAAAUUCAAAGAAGGGCGCUAGUAGUGCUGAUGGAGCUUCUGGGUCAACACCUAAGACCAAGGUCUCUGCAAGUAAGAAGCAGAAGGUUGAAAAAGACAGUGAGAAGGACCAAAGCGCUGCUGCUAAGGAGAAAGGAACAAACAAGAAACAGUCUAGAAAGUCUACUUCAAAUGUAUCAGCUAAAGAUCAAGGAAAAGGAAAAGCUAGCAAGAAGGUUAAGCCAGAACCCACCAAAGAAGAGAUGCAUGCUGUAGUGGUCGAUAUUCUGAAGAAAGUGGACUUCAAUACUGCUACUCUAUCUGAUAUUUUGAGGGAACUUGGCACCCACUUUGAUGUGGAUCUCAUGCACAGAAAAGCAGAGGUGAAGGCAAUUAUUACAGAUGUCAUAAAUAACAUGUCUGACGACGAAGAUGAAGGAGAGGAAGCCGAAAGUGGAGAUGAUGCUGAGAAAGAUGAGGAUGGUGACGAUGAUGCUUAGCAUCGGAGCUCAUUUGACCCUUGUAGUGCAGAUGAGUAAUGCAAAUUCACUUAUUGUGGUAGUUAGUCUGUGUACAAAGGUUUCAUCAGCGAAUAGAGGCCCUUUUAGUUCUUAACCUAAAAAAUGAAUGCCUCCAGAUAGGUUUGUCUGUACCAUAGACAUUAACCCUUAGGUUCUUAUUUGUUAUUUUUCCUCCCCAGAAGUUCUUUUCCAUUCUAUUACAAGUUCCUUGUAGUUGUACUUAGUUGGCUAAUUUUUCUCUCGCAACUCCUUGAAAGUUUUCGGAGCUUGUAUUGAGUUGUUUCUUGCUGUAACCUUGUAGAUUUCAUAUGUGCACCGAGUGAAAUGAAUCGUGACUUUUUUCACCUGAA